AAAAAUGUGCUGAAGUGAUAUCGAGUUCUUGGCAGAUGAUAAUUAGUGACUGAAUUUCGAUUCGUAGAUUCUUUUCUUGUAUGAUGUGAAUAUUGUGCAGUGCCAAUGGUAAGAAUAAGUAAACUAGUUUGCAUGAAUUAGAUUUGUUGUAAAAGAAAGGAUUUGUGUAAAAUUUCAAGGACGGAGAUCGACAGGAAGCCCCGAAAGAUAUGUUCAAUACUGGUCGAAGAUCUCAUAUCAGUACAUCGGAGCUAGGACUUUACUCUGAUCACAGCGAUCUCUACAACACAAAUACCUACGGUGCUACGGUUCGGAAACUUGCUAUUGUAAUUAUGAUUGUUGUUUCGGUUAUAUUGAUCGGUAUAUUCUUGUACGACUUUGCCUCGAGUGCGUCCAUCAGCAGCAAAGUCAGCCAGGAGACCAAGCACAUCUACAUCCUACAGAACAAUUUGAAAAAGCAGCAGCUGCAGAACGCCGCUAACAGAAGAUCGAGCGUCACUGUCACACCUACGAUUUAUGUUGUAAACAAUAGUCAGACGACGAUACCGAUUUUAGAGGACAGAUCGGACGACGAUCGAGUCACCGAGUACAAGGAUGAGGAGAAGGUCGAGGGCAAAGAAACGAGCGCCGAGAUGCGAACUCAGAGGAUGGCUGUGAUCGAGGAGCCGGAAUCGAGGACUCAAAAUCUGAAGAAUUUCAAGUUGAGGAACAGCAUGCUAAACAGACGGCAGCAAGAAGAGGAGGAGCCAACGCGCCAAGAGAAGCAUAUGAUGGACAAUCACGCGAUGAUUUAUCGAAUGGGGAUUAAAAUAUUUGCGUUGUACAGCAGCAGACUCAAGUUUCCCGAACCGGACGACUCCUCCGAAGAGACACCGAGCAACGUCGAUGACAAUCAGCGCGCAACUCCGUUUCGCUUCGAGCUGAAAGGUCCGCAUCCGUCGUCCUUCAAGCGACCGAAGUAUCCGCAACUAUCGCAGUAUCGGUAUCCUCACGCUUCUCGGAACAUCCAAGAUAUCAUCAAGUAUCUGACCAAUGACCCAGAAACGCUGAACCGCGGCAUCAAGUUCACGGGAUUCUACGUGAAUCCCAAGAAAUACGACACCUCGCACAUGGACAUCGGCGAGGUAGCAUUGAACAGCGACAGAUCAGAAGAGCAGGAGAGCGCGCCGUACGCCAUCGCGCUAAACGGCGAUCCACUCUACCAAUACAAGCCGAAGCAUCCGACCGAUGUCAAUCUUCUGGCUACGUCGAAUUUUAGGUUUUCACCCAUGGGAAUGCAGAGGUACAAUCCGUACUACGACGGCUACUAUCAGCGGCCGAAUUCAAAUAAACACUCGGUGUAUCAAGAGAGCCAGUACGACAGCAGCGGCUCUUACAAUACGAACUUUGGCAAGAAGCGUAAGCCGAAGCCCUUCAGCGUCAUGCUGGACAUAUACCCGAUCACCGAUACGGCGGAGCAGACGAAGAAAUCGUCGCGACUGAAGCCGCCGACCGUGAUCGACGAUAACGAUAUGAGGAGAUUGCCCGUUUCGCCGUAUUACUCGAGGUAUCCGAAAAUAUACGGGAUGCACACUCAACCACCGAGUGGUCCGAUGAUGAUCCAAGGCCACCAUCAGGCACCCGACGAUGAGGAGAAGCAUCAGAUGAUACUCCACUUGAAUCUUUAUCCGAAGAGAAAGAGCAAACUGACCAGAAACGACGUUAUAGAUCGAUCGGAGCAGACGAUGCCGGAUAGGGAAAAGGAUCAGAUGAUGGACAGGUUGAUCUUCCCUCUCGAAGCCAUCACCAAGCACCUGACGGCUCACGCAGCCGUGGAGGAGGCCAGACUAGACGAGGAUAAAGAUCUCGAGGACUCGGCGAAAGUUCGAUACGAGGAGGCGCCGCUCGCGAAGGAAGAGAUGAUGUUUAGCAAGUUUGUGGACGACGCGCAGACUGAGAAAUUGGUUGGCACUACUACGCGCGCCAGUGGCGAUUGUAACGAAGAUUGCGAAAUCGCUACGACGACCACCACUACUACAGAAGCUACGACUACUACCGAGCGAACUACGACCGCGUUGAUUGAGAGCUCCAGCUUCAAAGACAUCGAUACCGUCGAGGGAUUCCAACAAUUCGCCGAUAGCCUCAUCGCAACGGACUGA